AUGCCACAGGCGGGUGGCGGAUUGUGUCCACGUGCAGGGUACAGCGAGGCUCGCUGGUUUCUCGUCCCUCCCUCAGUAAAGGAAACAGCAGCAACAGAAGAAGGAACUCCCUCAGCAACCAGCAUUGCUGAAGCCAUUCAGCUAGCCGAAUCGCUGCUGUCCGACGACACCAGCGACGACCUCUGCGAUAGCAGCAACAGCCAUUGUCUAGCCGCAGAAAUCGAGGCCUUUGAAACGAAGGAGAUGCCGGCUGCCCUCGUGAAGUACUGGUCAAUCCUGGAGUGCAACUCUAAGCAAGAGCAGCAGGUACACCCGGAGGCGCAGCAGCAUCAGCCUGAACACACGCAAAUCUUUGCUGGCAAAUACGCAGGACGUUCACUUCUGCAGCACACCGCACGGCGCUGUUUCCGGCUGCUUCGAAGGACGCUCACGGAUAUCCAGCUGCCGCCUGCGGCAGUUGACCUUCAUGAUGUUUGCUGGAAAUCGCUGCAGCCAAUCCAACGCCUGCUGCUCCUGCUUUGUCACCUUCUGGCUCUUAUCGGCAGUAGCCAAAUCGCUACCGAAGAAACAACGGAAGGACAGCAGCGUCUGUGCCUCGCGCUGCUCUUGCUGCUCAAAGUCGUCAAAUUCAAGUCUGUGCAGCAGACACAGGAGGAAGAAGAGCAGCAGCAGGAGAAAGAGCAGCAGCAGGAGAAAAAGCAGUACGAACAGCAGCAGGAGGAAGAAGAGCAACAGGAGGAAGAAGAGCAGCAGCAUUGUCUGGGUAGUGGGGAAGAGGCGGCUCCUAAGAGUCAAGUAGAAACAGCAAACGGCGAGGGGGAAUGUUCUUCAUGCGCCGCUGUUGCUCCUGGCCUCUUUUAUGCACCGCUCUCUCUGCUUUUGCGAGCUUCUGGUUUGCUGCUCGAUUUGGUGUGUAUGUACAAUCGGUGGCAUAACGCAGAAGCAGCAGCUGCAGCGUACGGCAACGUCAUGGCGCUUCUGCAGGAAUGCAAGCUCCUGCUGCUGCAGCAAGGGCAGCAGCAGGAGCAGCACACCCAACAUCAGCUGCAACAGCACUGCUUUGAAAUACUGCAACACAUCUAUACCUCUCAGCAAUUGCUGGCGCGCUGCGUUGGAGCCGAAGUGCUCCUGCAGCAGCAGCAGCUACAGCAGCCCUCCGGCGAAGAGGACAGCAGCGCUGAUGCGCAGCCAACGCAUUGGGAAGCAGAAGCAGCAGCGGCCUCUGCGGCUGCGCUAUUGCUGCUGCUUGAGCAGCGCGCGGUGUACAGACAGCGGCAGCGCGAAUGGUGGGAGCAGCCGGAGUACUGGGAGGCGCAGAAUGAAGCAGCAGCAGCAGCACCAGAAGUCUUGCAAAUCGCUUUAGGGAAGAGGCCUCCCCCUCAUUUGUAUUGCGACAGCUGCAGCAGCCGUAAAAACAGUCCCGUGCGCCUGUCUUUCUGUCGUACAUCUUUAUGUGAAGAUAAGAGCAACAGCAACCGCGUUGCAGCAGCGACCCUGUUUUCGCUCGCUCCCGUCUGUAUAGACACCCGCGAGCUCCUUCGCAACAUCGAGGGGCUUUCGGACUUUUGGGAAGGUCGGCAGCAGCUGCUGACGUCAGAAUACCAUUUGCAUGCAGCAGCCGCUCUCGUUAGGGAGGCGUCCAGCGAUCAGGAGGAAAGGCAGCGCCUCCGUGAGCAGCUCCGGCAAAGGCAGCAGCAGCAACAAGAAGAAGGGGCAAGCCGAAGUGCUCUAAGGACUUCAGAAGCAGCAGAUGAUGACGGAAAAGACACUUUGUACUUGGGGUGUCUUCCCAUGGUGUGCCUGGUGCGCCAUGAGGAGCGGCAGCUAGGAGAGUUUGCAGCCGCGUUGCAGCAGCAGCUAGCCGCUUUGUACGCUCAGCGACUGAGGCUCACUCGAGAGCUGCGGCAGCAAGGCCGUGCCUUUGCUGCUGAGUGGCUCCAGCAGGAUGGGCAACAAGAUCCUCCGCAGAAGUGUCAGCAAGGAAAAGCGCAGGAGUGCCCGCUCAGUGUGUCUUUUUUGCUGCUGCCGCUGCACGCAUCUGGCCUUGCUGGGAGUUUGCUGCAGCUGAACACGAUGCCAACGCUUUGUCUGGCAACUCUAGAAGAUGCAUUUGGCCUUUUGACCCUCCCAGAGGCGCAAGUAAGGUCGCUGAUUCAGCAAAAGCGGAAGCAGCUCGCCCUUCAGCACCAUGUCUACCCGCAGCAGGAGCCGCAGCAGCAGAACAAGGAGCACGAUGUCACACCCAACAGUGGCGCGCAUGCAGAAGAACCUCCCAAUACCAUCGGCAACAGCAAUAACAGCAACAACAGCAAUAGCAGCACAAGCACUAGCAGCCUCACAGACGUUUGUUCUUGGCCGCUGCACUUUGGAGGCUUGCUACAGCGUUUCCCUCACCCUGAGCCUUCAAGCGUGCAGCGCCGUACAAGACAAGAACGUGUGCUGCUGCUGCCUGCCAAUGCAAACCCCACAGAAGCAGCAACCCCAACGCUCCACUACCAUAGAUAUUUGUAUUUCCUCUUCAACGAUGCCUGCAGAAUGUACUGCUCAGGGCGCUGCUGCUUUUGCAUCAGGUGUUCAAUAAUUCUCACAGACCGAUCGGUGCUGCUGCUGCACGUCUCACUGCCAUCCCUGCAUGGAACCGUGUGCCGACACCUGGUAAAGAUGAACAAACAACUGAUGAUCGCGAACGAAAGCGCCACGCUAUUACCAGAAUUGAGUCAACUUCCGAGGCAGUUGGCUUACGAGCUAGGAGACACGUAUGAGCAGCUGCACCUCUGCAAGUGGAAGGAGCAGCUGCCUUCAUGGGAAGAUGAGGUGGAGGCUGAUAUUGAGCAGGAUGCGGACUUAAUGCAGGAAGAAGAAUACAGCCGGCUAAGAAAAUGUCAAGCACUGCACGGUCUUGCGGCACGGAGUACACAUUACUUCACUGUCUUCAUUGGCACCUUUGAAAUGCGUGGGGCCGAGCCGAUCGCGUCUUUGUCGCCGGAGCUUCGUGCUGCUCUGGUGUCUGCCAAGAUGAAGCGGGCUUUGAUGAUGAGCAGAAUGGGGAGAGACAAGAAGGAAUGCAUUCAGUGCAUGGCUGGCGCUUUAAAGGAGUAUGAGGGCCUGACGGAGCUGUUUGCGGCGUUCAAAGAAUCUGCAAUUCCAUCUUCCUCUCUCAGUGUCCAAAUGCAAUUGGUGGGUCGGCCGUUCAACAAGCCUUUAGGUUUAAAAGACGAAGAUUUGCAAUACGGAACCCCCCAUGCCGGCCGCCCUCUCCAGAACGCAACGUUGGUCGCCAACGCAGAGGAGGGCAUCCCUCGUAGAUCCCGCAGUCUAACUUGCCUACUGCUUAGCGUAACGCGCCCUAGAGGGCAUCCUUACACGAUAGGGGAACUACACGCAACUGCACGUUUUCCUGCGGCUAAGAGGCCUUAG